GGAUCAGCCUUGCGCGCUCAGCUCAUCAGGUGAGUCAUGAAAGGCAGGAACACGUAGAGCGUGCAGCGUGGAACACGUUCUCUUCGACUGAUGUGGAGUAGAAGCACGGGGUUCAUUCUUGACUCUUUGGUUGACGAGAUGUCCGUUCUCGUCGAGCAGCACUUCCCCUUAGACCAUCUUCUUCAGGCAGCUUUUACAGACCAAGAUGUAUACGACCAAAGAGUCAAUAAACUAUGGCAGCGGAUCGUAUUUCUGCAGCGAAGCGAGUUUUUUCGCCAGUGUUCCAAAGCGACAAGCGCUCUGUUGACAAAAAAGACCUUUGAAUCUCCCGGUGGAGCUCGGCUUCCUCGCCAGGAAGUGGCUUCUGAGGACAACAUUGAUGUGGAGAGUCCUUGUGUGAGGCCAUUGUCCAAAGUCGAGCAUGCCGCUGCUGUGGAUACUGAUCGAUCUUCCUGCGGAUCACCGGUCGACCGGCUGCAGAAGUGUUGUCGUGGAUUUCGUGCCCAGGCUCGUACAAUAUGUCGCUCAUUGGAUUCUGAUGGCACUGAAAGUAGCUCUGGUGGCGAGUCAGACGAGGAGCUAGAAAUCCCUCCGAAGAAGCGCUUAUCUCAACCGAGCUUGGCAGCUCAGCGUGUUGCAAGGGCUGAAUACGAAGCUGGUCGGGCUCAAAUAGCCUCCAGAAUAAGCUGGCUGGGUGCUCAGAUCUCAGACUUAGAGCAUCGUAUUCGUAUUCAACAAGACGUGCUUCUGCGGCAACGUUCGUUACGGCGUCCUUAUCGCUUUCCACACCAGAGAAGAUCAUCUGUUAGUUCGGCUACAUCGCAAACCAGCAUUGGCUCAGUUGACGGUGAUUCCACUUCUGUGGCUACUCCGUCAUGUGUGCAUUCCACAACACCACAUGCCACUGCUGCUGCUGCUUCUACCAGUGCUGGCGUCUCUACUACUACCAGUGGACACAGUUUAGUCUCCGGUGUGCCACCAACUGCUAGCAAUGUUUCCAGCUCGGCUAAUUCUAAACCCUCCUCUGGUGGAGACCAUGCCGCUAGAGUGCAACCAUUGUCACACUUGCCCAAGCGACGUGUCCUGCAUUGCCCGACGUCAACAACCGGGUUACUGGAUCAAGCUCCCUCUGGUCAGCAGUUCCCAUGGUUCAACCAUGUGUACGAUCCCAGUGCGGUUUCCAAAACGUCCAGUUCCUGCCACGAACCAACAAUCAUGGAGCAGCUGGAUAACUCCUAUCACCCAGUUCUAUCAUACCAUUCAGACAUUCCGCUAUCGGUGUGCCUGGAGUCCUCUAUAAGACAUCAAGAACAUUCUUCUGCUUCGGUGAACCCACCACAUCAUAUCAGAAGGUCCUCUUUCCAGCACUCGAAGAAACUAAGGACACCUCGAUCGAAGCUAGCGCCUGCUGCAGCUGGUCGUACAUCGCCAGUUGCACCCAUCGUCCGUGCCGCAAAGAGAGCUAACAACCUUCAUGCUCAUUCAGCUAAUGCACCACCACUCACACCUACGCCAACAUCUCAGCGAAAGUCUACGGAUGGAGCACGCCGUCCAAAAGGAAUCUCACUCACAGCCGAUUCUUCCAGCACUAGCUCAACACGAACGCCCAUCCGUCGCUCAGCUCAGUCUGGUCAGAACACACCAACUGCUAGCACACCCAGUGCAGCAGCAGCAGCCGCACCAGCUAGUUUGUCCCGCCAGCAAUCACAGUCUGCAACUCGUCGACAAAAGCGUGGCAAUUCCUCAUCCCCGUACGAUAUUCACAGCAUUGUUGUCCCGUUAGCUGCGCCGUCACGUGUAGAGAAGAUCAACUAUAAGGAGAUUGCGACUCCUAGGUGGCGAGUAUGUGAUGUCUUCGCUGAAGAUGAACCCAUGGUUAUAGAUGAUGAUGUGGAGGAUAUCAGUGAUGAGAUGUUUGCUAAGCGCCAUGAAACUCUUGAGGCGGCUGAGCGAAUUCGUUUUCAGGGUGCCGACAAGAAGAGACGAACAAAUCGUGCCAGCUCCAGUUUACCCACCACGCCUGAAGCAAUGCUGACAGCUCCAACCUCUCCCAUGUGCAACAGCCAGUCAUUGCGCUCAUCACCAGGAGACGCUGCACGCGCGCCUAGUUUGACAGUCGCUGGAAGCCAGGAUGAUGCCAGUCAAGCAGCAGGCAAUGUCUCGUGUCGCAAGUCUUCUCGCAAGACGCCGUCACUAAGCCGCAGUACGUCGUCUCUCGGUGAAGAGCCUAUGCCGUGCUGCUUUGUGGUACCUUGGGAUGAGCGCGUCUUUCCGCUUACAGAUGCUGAAAUGCAUCGGCUACAAAUGGAAGAACAGUGCAGUCAACAGCUAUCCAAUGUCACAACUGCCCUCAACGAACAUGCUUCUCUCAUGAGUCUACCUGAAUCGGCAUCUGUAUCAUUGGCCGCCUCUCGCGUUUCGUCUAAUCCCAGUAGCCCAUGUGCUCCAUCAGGCUGUGACACAGUUCAGUCUAGCAAUGCCAAGCUUCCUCAGUCACUGGCCACGAACACUGCAGAUAGCUGGUGUGCACGGCUUCCCUCACCUAAGGCAAAAGGCAAAGAAGUGGAGGAAAAGAAGCCGCCACUUCUUUUGAAGCUUACCAAGCAACCGUCCUCAUCCGGCUAGUGCAGAGUUUGUACUGAUGAUGGCUAGCACUGUUUUCUCACCCAGUUGUUUAGAAUGGCAGCAACUGCGUGGGUGGUAUAUUUUGCUGGUAAACUACUAGUGACCUUCCUAUGUGGUUGCACUCAUGCUGUAGACCCCAUGACUCACACCCACCAUGUAGACCAGAUUUUCCACCGCAUCAUCUUCAUCAAGUUCUGUGAUUUGUGUCCUGUUGGAGUGUGUUGGUUGCCUCCUUCUCCCCAUCAUAUUACUGUGAUACUGGUGCGUGUGUGUAUGUUGCUCUGUGUACUGGACGUAGUGUCGAGUGGGUACAUGCGUACUCCAAGGCAUGCAUUAUAUGUGCAGUGUGUGUGCUGAUUAGCUGCUUGCUGCUGACUACUUACAUCAACAUUCAUGCUCAAGAACUGACCCGUUUCCCCGGCAUUCCAAACACAACUACUAGUCAUCUGCUAUUAUUGGCUUACCCCCACCGUAUUUACUAUUAAUUUUACCGAUAUUUGUUGAUUUUUCACAUCUCACUUUCUUGUUUGAUUUCAGCUUCUACAAGUACAACUCUAGUGUUGUUCUGUCCAAGUUUGUCCUCGUUCUUGUUUUGACUAACUUGAUCCUUUGGUUUUUCUCCUUUCUUUAGAAUCAUUUUGAGAGUUGAGAUAGCCAGCUGUGCUCUAUUCCAUGUAACCGUUUCAACCUCGCUAUCUUACAAGUGGCCUGUGUUCUUCA